AUCAAGCCUAUGAAGUGGAAAGAAACAAGAUGGCCGUUAGCUGUUUUUGUUUUGACCUCCGAAAGGGUACUAUUAUCAUUUCAUGUAUUUUAAUUUUUUUCAACUUGUUUUUAAUCCUUCAAGUGAUAAUAAAUCCAAAAACAGAAUUUCUUGAUAAAUUAGAAUAUGAUUCAAUGAAAAUGCAAGAAUCAUCAUUAUUUUAUCUACUUGUGACACUAGUAAAUGUUAUAUAUGCCACAACUUUGUGGGGUGCAAUAAAGAAAAAAGCAUCUAACCUAGUCGCAUUUUUAAUAUUGACUGGAUGUUUUGCAGUCUAUUGUAUACUUUCAAUAUUCCUGGAGUUUUUCAGGGAUAACCAACCAACAAGAGAUAUCAAAGUUGAAGUAAUUUCUGGGAUAAUGACCUUUUUUCUCUGGACAUUCUUAUUUAUUUUUGUAUAUAAAUUUUAUAAACAAUUACGAAACAAUGAAAGUGGAAGUGUUCUCAGUCCGCCAAUCGCUUCUCCAGAUAGCAAUGGACACGCACUAGUUUAA